AUGGCGGAUGCGCGCGCGCAGCGGGAGGUGAAGAAUCACUUCCUCUUCGAGGUUGCCACGGAAGUGGCGCACCGUGUGGGAGGCAUCUACUCUGUCAUCAAGUCCAAAGCUCCGGUGACGACAGCCGAAUAUGGAGACCGCUACACACUUAUCGGGCCUCUCCACCGCGAGUCGGCAGCUGUUGAGGUUGAGGAGCUUGAGCCGACAAACCCCGAGCUUGCUGCCACCAUUACGUCCAUGAGGGAUCGUGGUAUUGGCAUGCUCUAUGGCCGCUGGCUGAUCGAGGGGGCUCCGAGAGUUCUGCUCAUUGAUACCAAGUCUGCCUAUGGCUUUCUCGACGAGUGGAAGGCGGAUCUCUGGAACGUCGCAUCUAUUCCCGCUCCCCCAAGCGACGACGAGACGAACGAAGCUAUCGUUUUCGGCUACCUUGUUGCUUGGUUUCUCGGAGAGUUCGUAUGCCAUGAAAAGAAGAAGGCCGUUAUUGCCCAUUUCCACGAAUGGUUGGCCGGCGUUGCCUUGCCAUUGUGCAAGAAGCGUCAAAUAGACGUCACGACCAUCUUCACCACUCAUGCCACGCUCCUGGGUCGUUACCUCUGCGCUGGUUCGGUUGAUUUCUACAACAACCUCCAGUACUUCGACGUGGAUGCGGAGGCAGGGAAGCGCGGCAUUUACCACAGGUACUGCAUCGAGCGUGCCGCCGCCCACUCUUCUGAUGUGUUCACAACGGUCUCCCAUAUCACGGCUUAUGAGAGCGAGCACCUGCUGAAGCGCAAACCCGAUGGCGUGCUACCCAACGGCCUCAACGUGACCAAGUUCUCGGCCAUGCAUGAGUUCCAGAACCUGCACCAGCAUAACAAGGAGAAGAUCCACGACUUUGUGCGCGGCCACUUCUACGGUCACUACGAUAUCGAGCCGGAGAACACGCUCUAUUUCUUCACAGCCGGCCGCUAUGAGUACCGCAAUAAGGGCGUAGACAUGUUUAUUGAGUCUCUGGCUCGUCUGAACCACCGCCUGAAGGUCUCCGGCAGCAAGAUGACUGUUGUCGCUUUCAUCAUCAUGCCAGCCCAGACGCACUCCCUCACGGUCGAGGCGCUCAAGGGACAGGCUGUGGUGAAGUCGCUGCGCGAUACCGUCGACAUCAUUGAGAAGAGCAUUGGCCGACGGAUCUUUGAACGCUCGCUCAAGUGGCACGAAGGCGAUUCCAUGCCCGACGAAAAGGAGCUUAUCACUAGCCAGGACCGCGUGCUUCUUCGUCGCCGGCUGUUUGCCAUGAAGCGUCACGGCCUGCCCCCCAUCGUGACGCACAACAUGGUCAAUGACCAGGAGGAUCCGAUUCUCAACCAGAUCCGGCGGGUGCAGCUGUUCAACCACCCCACCGACCGCGUCAAGAUUGUGUUCCACCCCGAGUUCCUGAGCUCGGCAAACCCGGUGCUGCCUAUGGACUAUGACGACUUUGUGCGUGGCACUCACUUGGGCGUAUUUUCUUCCUACUAUGAGCCGUGGGGCUACACGCCGGCCGAGUGUACAGUGAUGGGUGUUCCUAGCAUCACGACCAACCUCUCCGGCUUCGGUUGUUACAUGGAGGAGCUGAUUGAGAACUCGAGCGACUACGGCAUCUACAUUGUCGAUCGGCGGACAAAGGGCGUCGAUGAGUCGAUCAACCAGCUAGCGUCUGUCAUGUUUGAGUUCUGCCAGAAGAGCAAGCGACAGCGCAUUAACCAGCGAAACCGAACGGAGCGGCUGAGCGACCUGCUGGACUGGAAGCGCAUGGGGCUGGAGUAUGUCAAGGCACGCCAACUGGCGCUGCGCCGCGCGUACCCUGCGUCUUUCACCGGAGAGGAUGAUGACGACUUCAUUCCGGGCGUGGAGCAGAAGAUUUCCCGGCCCUUCUCGGUGCCUGGCUCUCCUCGUGACCGCACCGGCAUGAUGACCCCAGGCGACUUUGCCAGCCUGCAAGAGGGUCGGGAAGGACUGAGCACGGAAGAUUACGUUGCGUGGAAGCUACCAGAGGAGGAAGAUCCGGAUGAGUACCCGUUCCCGUUGACGCUGAAGUCGAAGACUGUAGGCGCGAGCAGCCCGCUCGAUGGAGUGCAGCUGAACGGUAGAUGA